UUAUUUAUUUCUAAAUAAAAUAUUUUAAAAUAGUGUUAGGAGCCAACACUUUAGGGGAACCCUAAAAAAUAGUAUAUAUUUAAUAGUAUUGCCCAACUGUCACUUGUCUGGCUGCCAAAAUCACUAUCAUUUGACAGCGAGUGAAAGUAGAACGUCUUGUGAAGAAAAAAUAAGUGAAAAAAUCAUAAAAUCUCUACAAUGUCGGAAAUUAAGAAACAGGAAUCGUCGAAUAAGAAGGCCACCGAGGUCUCUCACAACUUGGAGUCCAGUGAGGACAUUUUCCAGGACCUGCAAGUCCACAGAGGCUCUGAGUUCUAUGGAGUUCUAAUGGAAUUCGCACAAAACAUUGCUGAGGAACGUAUUUAUGCCGACUACCGUUUGGCUCAAGCGGCUAUGAAUGAAGGCCAGAAUUCGACUUUAUUUAACGAUUUGCGGGAAGAUGUCGGUCAAGAUGAACUCGAUUGGGAUGUAGAUCUCGAAGCAGAGGAGUAUUCUGUAGUUGGAGAGGCUCAUAACAAGAAGGAUGACUCGGUGUUUUUGGUGCCAGCCACUCCGAAAAAGGGUUCCCGUACACGACCCGACAGCCCUGUUCCGUUUGUGCCCCGAAAGUCACGUCGAUUGGCUUCCCUUGGACCCUUGGAGGCUGAUGAUAUUCUAUUAACUUCCCGGGGCAACAAUGGGACAUCGCCAACGGCAUCUCCAACUCGGAACAGACGCACCCCAAAAGCGCCACAAACUCCAAGGGCUCAGACAACUCCAAAAACUCCACGAGCUCCGAGAGCACCACGAACUCCAAAGACUCCUGCAAGGCCAAGGAAGAAAUAAAUAUAAUCCUCUUUUUUUUUUUUGGAAUUAAUUGGCUAAGAAAUUCUAUAAGAAAUAAAAACUCUACGGCGAUGAUUGAUGAUGGUAAUUGUUAUUUAACAAGUGCCUAGUGAUUGAUGGAUGGAAAAAGGACGAAAUUUUAUAAAGAAAUUUCAGUUUCAAUUUAAAUUUUCUGGUGACAGUACCAAAGAGUUGUCAGUCAGAGCAAAUUGCUUGGCAGCUAGCCGAUA